GGCGCGGGGCCCGCCCGCGGCGGCGCUGCGCGGGACGGCGCGGCCGGGGCGGCGGCGGGCCCGGGGCGGCCAUGGACCGCGUGAGCAGCACUAUGAAGCAGGUGUCCAACCCGCUGCCCAAGGUGAUGAGCCGGCGGGCGGGCGGCGGCGGCCUGGAGGCGGAGCGGGAGAGCUUCGAGCGCGCCCAGACCGUCAGCAUCAAUAAGGCCAUUAAUGCACAGGAAGUGGCUGUCAAGGAGAAACAUGCCAGGACGUGCAUCCUGGGCACGCACCAUGAGAAGGGAGCACAGACCUUCUGGUCAGUGGUGAACCGGCUGCCGCUGUCCGGCAAUGCUGUGCUCUGCUGGAAGUUCUGCCAUGUCUUCCACAAGCUCCUCCGGGAUGGACAUUCCAAUGUCCUGAAAGACUCUGUGCGAUACAAGAAUGAGCUGAGUGACAUGAGCAGGAUGUGGGGUCAUCUGAGUGAGGGCUACGGUCAGCUCUGCAGCAUCUACCUCAAACUGCUGAGAACCAAGAUGGAAUUUCACACCAAGAAUCCUCGAUUCCCUGGAAAUCUGCAGAUGUCUGACCGGCAGCUUGAUGAGGCUGGGGAGAAUGACGUCAAUAACUUUUUUCAGCUGACGGUGGAGAUGUUUGACUACCUGGAGUGUGAGCUGAACCUCUUCCAGACAGUGUUCAGCUCCCUGGACAUGUCACGCUCAGUGUCAGUGACAGCAGCAGGGCAGUGCCGUCUGGCCCCACUCAUCCAGGUGAUCCUGGACUGCAGCCACCUCUAUGACUACACUGUCAAGCUGCUCUUCAAGCUCCAUUCCUGUCUGCCAGCAGAUACACUGCAGGGCCACCGGGAUCGCUUCCUGGAACAGUUCCGAAAGCUCAAGGACCUUUUCUACCGCUCCAGCAACCUCCAGUACUUCAAGCGGCUGAUUCAGAUCCCACAGCUGCCAGAGAACCCUCCCAAUUUCCUGCGUGCCUCUGCGCUGUCAGAGCACAUCAGCCCUGUGGUGGUGAUCCCCGCCGAGGCGUCCUCACCUGACAGUGAGCCCAUCACAGACCUGGUGGAGAUGGAUGCAGCCUCACAGAGCCUGUUUGACAACAAGUUUGAUGACAUCUUUGGCAGCUCCUUCAGCUGCGACCCCUUCAACUUUAACAGCCAGAACGGGAUGAACAAGGAUGACAAGGACCGGCUAAUUGAGCAGCUUUAUGGGGAGAUCACAGCCCUGAAGGAGGAGCUGGAGAACUUCAAGGCUGAGAGCGCACGGGGUGCAGUGCAGCUGCGUGGCCGUGCCAGUGAGUUGGAGGCUGAGCUGGCCGAGCAGCAGCACCUGAAGCAGCAGGCACAGGACGAGAGCGAGUUCCUGCGUGCAGAGCUGGAGGAGCUGAAGAAGCAGCGGGAGGACACGGAGAAGGCUCAGCGGAGUCUGACGGAAAUUGAGAGACGGGCACAGGCCAACGAGCAGCGGUACAGCAAACUGAAGGAGAAGUACAGCGAGCUGGUGCAGAACCAUGCUGACCUGCUGCGCAAGAACGCAGAGGUGACCAAGCAGAUUACAGUGGCCAGGCAGGUCCAGGGGGAUGUGGAGCGGGAGAAGAAGGAGCUGGAGGACUCCUUCCAGCGCGUGAGCGAGCAGGCACAGAGGAAGUCUCAGGAGCAGGCAGAGGUGCUGGACACACUGAAGCGAGAGCUGGCAGCCAGCAGACAAGAAUUGCAAGUCCUCCAAGGCACGCUGGAGUCCAGCACACAGGCAGGAGCGGAGCAGAACACUCGGAUUGCCAGCCUGGAAGAGGAGAGGGACAGGCUGAGCCAAGCAGCAGAGCAGCACAGGGACGAGAUGGCAGCUCUACAGGCUGAGCUGCGGCAGCUGCGGGACACACUCAGCUGCGAGCAGGAGAGCAGCAAGACAGAGCUGGAGAUGCUGCAGACCAAGUUGAGAGACAAGGAGAGCACAGAGCGGGCACUGCAGCAGCGCCUGGUCGAGGAGCAGCUGUCCCUGCUGCAGGCCACCACGCACGAGGCCGAGCGCAUGGUGCAGGACGCCCUGGCUCGCAUGGAGGAUCCUGCUCAUAUCAGCUGCACUGGCUCAGCAGAUUGCCUCCUGUCCCAGGCGCUGGCAGCCUCUGAGUGUGCAGAGCAGCUGCGGGAUGCACACAGCAAGUACCUUUCGGAUGGCACAGCCGUGGGCUCCCUGCUGCCCCACCUGGCACUCUUCGCACACCUGGUCAGCAACACCCUCCUGCAGGGCAGUGCGACCUCCCAUGUGGCCCCUGUGGAGCCUGCUGAUCGUCUGCUGGAGCUGUGCAAGCAGUGUGGCAGUGAGACUGUGAGCUACCUCAGCGCCCUGCAAGACCCAGGGAUGGUCGCAAGUGCUGACUGCAGCCUGGUGACAGCCUGCCUGGGCCAGAUCAGCGCUAUCGGGGAGGAGCUGCGUCCCAGAGGUCUGGACGUCAAGCAGGAGGAGCUGGGUGACCUAGUGGACAAGGAGAUGGCAGCGACGGCCGCAGCCAUUGAAACAGCAUCUGCCCGUAUUGAGGAGAUGCUGAGCAAGGCACGGGCUGGUGACACUGGGGUCAAGCUGGAAGUUAAUGAGAGGAUUCUGGGCUCCUGCACAGGCCUCAUGCAGGCCAUCCGUGUCCUGGUCCUGGCCUCCAAGGAUCUCCAGAGAGAGAUUGUGGAGAGUGGACGGGGUGCAGCAUCCCCCAAGGAGUUCUAUGCCAAGAAUUCGCGCUGGACCGAGGGUCUUAUCUCUGCCUCCAAGGCAGUGGGCUGGGGUGCCACUGUCAUGGUUGAUGCUGCUGACCUGGUAGUGCAAGGCAAGGGGACGUUCGAGGAGCUGAUGGUUUGUUCCCGGGAGAUCGCAGCCAGCACUGCUCAGCUGGUGGCAGCCUCCAAGGUGAAGGCAGACAAAGACAGCGCCAACCUCUGCAAGCUCCAGCAAGCCUCCCGGGGCGUCAACCAGGCCACGGCCAGCGUGGUGGCCUCCACCAAGGCUGGGAAGUCUCAGGUGGAGGAGAAAGAUAGCAUGGACUUCUCCAGCAUGACACUCACCCAGAUCAAGCGUCAGGAGAUGGACUCACAGGUGCGGGUGCUGGAACUGGAGAACCAGCUGCAGAAGGAGCGGCAGAAGCUGGGGGAGCUGCGCAAGAAGCACUACGAGCUGGCUGGCGUGGCAGAGGGCUGGGAGGAGGACGGUGAGUGGUGCCAGCCCUGCUCCAGCUGGGCAGCUGCUCACAGAAAAGGUGGGGUAGGGUGGAGAAGCCCUGCCUGCCGUCAGUGGCAGUGAGAAAGUUUGCUGCAGCUGGCACAAGCCUGGGGAUAGUUGGCACACAUGAGCAAAUCCUAUGGGGUCUCUCCACAGGAAAAACCCCAACAUGUGGGAUCUACAUCAUCCCCAGGCAGGGGGCUCAGGUGCUGCUAGAGCAGCCUUGUGGUCUCAGAGGAAUGGGGCAGAGGGAUGCUGGUAGACAGCACGCCCACUGACCCUGUCUUCCCACUUAUAGCUGCAGAUUAGCACCAGUGGUAGAAGCAGCCCACAGGGGACACCUGGAACCCUGUGGGGGACACCCCUGGGACCCCACUUGGUGCAGUCUGUUGAGAAGAACCCCAAGGAAGUGGUGCGGAAGCCCCCCUGAAGCACACAUCCCCUGUGUCCCCCCAGCAGCCUCCUCUAGCACCAGAGCCGAGCCGCCAGCAAGACCCCAGGGCUGGGGCGAGAGCGCAAAGCCACACCUGUAUUUAUUAGAGCCGCUGGGGGUGGGGGGAGGUGUCUACACGGGGGUCUUUAACCCUUUAGUUUUGUUUUUGCACAGAUUCUGGGAACUCCUAGAGCCUUCUCUGGCUGUGCGAGAGCGGUCGGGCUUCUCUUGCCUCGCUGCUUUUCCAGCCUUAAUCCAGCCCCUGGCUCAACAUGGAUGUCCGUCGUCCCCACCCCCCCCGCCCUGGGAAUGAGCAUGCUGAGGGCUCCGGGGGUGCCACCAGGUGGGGGACAGCCUUUGGGGUGCUGCUGGGCUUGGUGCUAAGAGUGCUCCCUCUCAGCGGGGACACCGAGUGCCUUUGGCCACUGCAGGCUGAGAGGUGGUGUUCCCAUGGGAUACCCUGGCUGGUGACACAGGGUGCUAGGAACAGCUAGGAAAGGGGCAGCAGCAGAAGGGAUGCUGCCAUGAGCUCUUGUCCCUCAUUCCAGGUCCCCAAAAUGCCUCCCAAGCCCCACUGAGCUGGGCUGUUCUGCCCUGACAGUUCACUGUGUUCAUGCCAGCAAUAAACCCUCCGCAAGGUGCUGGGUGUAGGUUUGGGCCACCACAGUGGCACCGCAUAAGCCGCCAGCUCCUGGGGAUGGGGGGUGACUCUAGGGCAGCAGCACAGAGGGAUUGAGGGGAAGCCAGGGUGCCCCAAAAAGCCAGAAUAAGCAACUCCCUGUCUCUGCUCACUUCGGUGCCACCCUGGUGUCAUCGCCACCCUCUUGGGUGCAGGGGGACCAGGGCCAGUGUGGCUGUGGGCAGGGGUGGCCAUGGAGCUGGCAACAGCCAGGGAACCUUUGUGCCUUGAGCAGGGGGCUCAGAGGGCAGGGGGCAUCAGCCCCCUCUGGGCCCCCCAGCUCAUCUUGCUGCAGUGGAGACAGUGAAGUCAGACCAUGCAGCAAUGUCCCCAUCCCCCACGGUCCUGCUGGUGCCCCUGCUGGGGCCACUGUCCCUCCACUCGGGGUGCUGAGGACAGGAUUUAGCCUUUCUCCCUUUGGGAAGAGGCUGGGCUGUCACUGUCUGCUUUCCCAGCAAUGUCCACCUGUCAGCGUGCAGCUGGCACCUGGGGCAGUGGGACCUGCCACUACCGUGGCCUCAGAGCUGCCACCCCUUCAUGCAGCCAUCCAGCAUGCAGGGACCCACUGUUCCUGUGUCCCCCGCCAGCCCUGCUGCUGGACCACCUGCUCUGUGCACCAGCCCACCAGAGGGAUGUGGGCUCCUGCUGCUUCCCCAUCUUCAACCCAUGCUGGCUCCCCUUGGAUGCAAUACCAACCAUGCCCUUCCUGCAGGACACAGGGAGCCCCAAAAACCUCCCCACUAUUUUUGGGGGGGAGUCUCGCCUGCACGCCCAACUACCUCAGGCCUUGGGGCCCGGGAGCGGCAUGGGGGUCACAGUGGCAGUGGGGGCUUGGGGACAGCAGCACUGCUCUCGGCCUAAUCCACUUGUCCCUUUUGUAUCUCAGCCAGGCGUGGGCAGAGGGUCCCUGCGGUGUCCCCAGUGAUGGCAGCUGGUGACGGGGACAGCGGGGGUGCCCCCCACUGCAGGGCAAGUUGAUUUGGGUUUUCAUUGUAUGAUAAUGACCAUGUUGUUUGUUUUGGAUUUUUCAAUAAAGCCUUCAGCCCAG